CGUGCUAGCUAGCUUUCAAUUAUUCUCACAGAAACUUACAAUAAUUGUAGCUAGUACGAGAGAGAGGAGAGAUUAAAUUAAACUAAACUAAAUUAAAUAAUUAACCAUGUCUUUCAGCGGAACCCAACAGAAAUGCAAGACUUGCGAUAAAACUGUUCAUUUGGUUGAUACAUUAUCUGCUGAUGGUAAUGUUUAUCACAAAAACUGCUUCAGAUGUCAUCAAUGCAAUGGCCUUCUUGCGAUGAGCAGCUAUACAUCAAAUGAAGGAAUUUUGUAUUGCAAGACUCAUGCUGAGCAGCUUUUAAAGGAUUCUGCACUCAAGAAAUCCCCGUCAGGAAAGCCCAGCGAAUUGCCUAGGGCCCCAAGCAAACUUUCUGCUUUCUUCUCAGGGACUCAAGAAAAAUGUUCAUCAUGCAAGAAAACUGUAUAUCCAUUGGAAAAGUUGACAGUGGAAGGUGAGUUUUACCACAAAUCAUGCUUUAGGUGUACACAUGCAGGAUGUUUUCUGAGCCCUUCAUCGUAUGCUGCUCUUGACGGAUACAUAUACUGCAAGCCGCACUUUUCUCAACUGUUUAAGGCUAAAGGUAGCUAUAGUUAUCUCUCCAAACAAGCUUCAUUGAAGAAAAGCGAAGAAGCGUUGCAACAGGCUGCAGAAGAGAAAUCUGGCGAUAAUUCAGAAGCAGCAUCCGAUGCAGAAACAAAGGAAGAACAACAAGAUCCUGCUGAUGUGACAGAAGAGGUGUAGUAGGCUGAUAAUUCAACAAGGUUGCAUCUUUGUAUGGUAUCUUUCGGUAUGGUGUUGGUCGGACCCACGUUUUGAUUGGGUGGUUCUUGUGGCUGUAUCAUUUGGGAGGAUUGCCCUGCAAAGGUGCUAUCAUGUGUUUCAUUCUUUGAUUAAUUUGUUUGUGAAAAGAUAUUAGAUAAUGAUAAAUAAUGUUAUGUUCUUUUGGGGGGCAUGUUAUGUUAUGUAAUAGAUGUGUUUUAGGAAUAAUAGUCUAUGA